AUGAGUAAGUUAUACGUGCUCUAUGAGCACAGCGCGGGCUUUGCCCUCUUCAGAGUAUCAGAGUUCGAAGAGCUUGCAGCAUUUCUGCCGCAAGUUGAAGAAUCCGUUACAGACUUGCAGAAAUUCAAUUCCGUGGUUACUUUGGUAGCUUUCCAGCCUUUCAAGUCAGCGGUGCUGGCUUUGGAGAACAUCAACGCCGUGUCUGAAGGUAUUUUGCCAGAGGAUCUUAAUUUGUUCCUCGAAAGUGCGCUGCCAAAGCGUAAAAAACGUGGUAAAUGCACCCUAGGUGUAGCAGACCCCAAGCUUGGGGCGGCUAUCAGCGAAGCCCUAGAGAUACCAUGCUCUCACACUGGCGCUGUUCCAGAAGUUAUACGAGGUAUCAGACAUCAUUUCCACUCGCUUAUCAAAGGACUGACAGCGAAGGCAUGCAGUGUAGCCCAACUAGGGCUCGGUCAUUCUUAUUCACGAGCCCGUGUAAAGUUCAACGUUCAUCGAGUCGAUAAUAUGAUCAUACAAUCUAUAGCCCUUCUUGAUCAACUCGACAAAGAUGUUAACACGUUUUCUAUGAGAAUCAGAGAAUGGUAUUCCUACCACUUCCCAGAGCUUGUGAGUAUUGUGCCUGAAAAUUAUCUUUACUCCAAAUGUGCGGAAUUCAUCAAAGACAGGAAAACAUUGACCGAUGAGUCUGUCGAACCUCUCACAGAGAUUCUCGGUGACUCUGAAAAGGCUCAAGCUAUAAUCGAUGCAUCAAAAAUGUCGAUGGGAAUGGACAUAUCGCCCGUUGACUUGAUCAAUAUACAGAUGUUUGCUAGCAGGGUUGUUGCAUUGAGUAAUUAUAGGAAGCAAAUAGCUGAAUAUCUUCAUACAAAAAUGGCUUCGGUUGCACCGAAUCUUACAACACUUGUUGGUGAUCAAGUUGGGGCUCGACUUAUAUCAAAAGCUGGUUCUCUUACAAGCUUGGCCAAGUAUCCUGCUUCUACGUUGCAAAUUUUAGGUGCUGAGAAAGCUCUGUUCCGAGCUUUGAAAACUCGAUCGGCGACACCUAAAUAUGGUUUAUUAUAUCAUUCGAGUUUCAUUGGUAGGGCCGGCGCUAAGAACAAGGGUCGCAUCAGCCGCUACCUGGCUAAUAAAUGCUCUAUUGCUAGCAGAAUCGAUUGUUUCUCUGAGAACUUAUCAAGCGUAUUUGGUGAGAAAUUAAGGCAGCAAGUAGAAGAUCGCUUGAAGUUCUAUGAAACAGGUGACAUUCCUAUGAAGAAUAUUGACGUCAUGAAACAGGCUAUAGAAGAAAUAACUCAACAAGAAGACGCUUCAGCUAAGAAGAAGAAAAAGAAGAAGAAGAAGGAACAAAACGAAGUGCCCAUGGAUGAAGAUUGA